GCGACUCCCCUAAGAAACGAAACCCGGCGAGCGGGGCGGAGGCGAGAUGCUGCCCGGCGCGCCAACUUCAGCCCGGGCACAGGAUAGCUCAGGCAGCAACAACCAAGCUACGGCCUCCCUCCAAUCCGAGGGGAAUGUUUUCCCGCUUCUGGGCGACCCCGCCCGCCCGCGGGGCGAGGACACGUGAGCCCCGGCGCCUCCCGCCUUUUCCAGCCGCACGGGACGCCAGGACGGGCGGCCGCGGGGAGGUGCUCGGCCGCUCUGCCUCUUCCCCCGGCUCCGCCUUUCGUUCCCGGGCGGGGGAGCCGCGGCGGUGCUCCCGCCCCUGCUCCCGCUGCCGGGAGGGCCGGCCCAGCCGCCAUGUUCCUGCGGAGCGGCUGCCGCCGCCUGCCGCUGCCCCCGGCGCCUCGCCCCUGGCACCGCCGGGCUGGCAGCGAGGUCGGGGCGGCGGCAGCGCCGCGCUACGAGGUGGUGGUGAUCGGCGGGGGCCAUGCGGGCACGGAGGCUGCGGCGGCGGCCGCUCGCGGCGGGGCCUGCACGCUGCUGCUCACGCACAGGAUCAGUACCAUCGGGGAAAUGUCCUGCAACCCGUCCUUCGGCGGCAUCGGGAAGGGGCACCUCAUGCGGGAGGUGGACGCCCUGGACGGGCUGUGCGGCCGCGUGUGCGACCGCUCCGGCGUUCACUACAAGGUGCUGAACCGCUGCAAGGGCCCGGCCGUGUGGGGCCUCCGCGCGCAGAUCGACCGCGGCCUCUACAAGGAGAACAUGCAGUUCGUGAAGCGUCUGUGGAGGAUCUUCUCUUGACAGAGCCAGAACCAGGUCGUCCUGGGAAAUGCCAAGUCACAGGAGUUGUUCUGGGGGAUGGGAGCACAGUACGUGCUGGGAGCGUUAUCCUGACCACCGGUACAUUUCUGAGGGGUAUGAUCCACAUCGGCCUGGAGAUGCACCCGGCGGGGCGGCUGGGGGACCAGCCAGCCAUCGGGCUGGCUCACACUCUGGAGAAUCUGGGCUUUGCUGUGGGCAGGCUGAAGACUGGGACACCGCCCCGACUUGCCAAGGAUACCAUUGACUUCAGUGGUCUGGAGGAACGUGCAGCUGACAACCCUCCAGUGCCGUUCAGCUUCCUCAGCGAGGCCGUGUGGAUCAAGCCGGAAGAUCAGCUAUCCUGUUACCUGACUCGCACGAACCUGAAGGCCCAGCAAAUUAUCCGCGAUAACCUCCACCUGAACAGCCACGUCAGGGAGACAACCAGGGGCCCACGGUACUGUCCCUCUCUUGAGUCAAAGGUUCUUCGCUUCCCAGACCGAGAACAUCAGGUGUGGCUGGAGCCUGAAGGCUUGGAUUCCAAUGUCAUUUACCCCCAGGGCAUGUCCAUGACACUGCCACCUGAGCUCCAGGAGCAGGUGAUCAAAUCUGUCCCAGGCUUGGAAAAAGCCAAGAUGUUACAGCCAGGCUAUGGGGUGCAGUAUGACUUUUUAGACCCCCGACAACUGACCACUUCUCUCGAGUCGCGUCUUGUUCAGCGCCUCUUCUUUGCAGGCCAGAUAAAUGGCACAACAGGCUAUGAAGAAGCUGCGGCUCAGGGUGUGAUUGCUGGGAUCAACGCGUGCCUGCGGGUUCAGGGCAAGCCCCCGUUCACCGUCAGUCGCACCGAGGGCUAUGUGGGAGUGCUGAUCGAUGACCUCACGGCGCUGGGCACCAGCGAGCCCUACCGCAUGUUCACCAGCCGCGUGGAGUUCCGCAUGGCCCUGCGGCCCGACAACGCUGAUGCCAGGCUCACUCACAGAGGGUUUGAAGAAGCCGGGUGUGUGUCACAGCAGCGAUAUGAACAAGCAGUUAAGAUGAGAGCUGCAUUAGAGGAUGGGAUCGCAACACUAAAAUCGCUUCAGUUCAGCAUAUCCAAAUGGUCCCAGUUACUGCCAGGAGCUCCCAUAAGUAGCAAUCGCAGGUCACCUGUCAGUGCCUUUGAUGUCCUUCAGUAUCAAGGUGUCAGCAUGGAGAUUCUGGCAAAGGCUAUCCCAGAGCCCCUGGGCAAGCUUGCUCAAUGGAGAGAGCUGGCAGAGAGAUUGAAAAUAGAAGCUGCUUACGAGUGGUGUGUAGUCAGUCAGCAGCAGGAAAUGGAAGAGGUGCGUCGUGAUGAGGCGCUCCAGCUGCCAGACGACCUGGAUUUCUUUGCCAUUGAUGCCUCACUCUCAGCAGAGGUGCGGGAGAAGCUGGACGCAAACCGCCCCCAGACGAUUGGUGCAGUCAGCCGUAUCCCUGGAAUCACACCAGCUGCUAUUGUUAACCUGCUGAGGUUUGUGAAAACCAAUCACCGGAAGACAGAGAAACUAAAAACUGUGCCUCCGUCUGGGGAGUGCUUCCCAGGGAAAAUGUACUCAGGCAAAGCAACUUCACAAAGACAGAUUUCAGCAGAGUUUGCUGAAGAGGAGACAAAGUUUGUUAAAACCCCUUUGUAGAGAAUGGCGCUGAUCCUGCCAGACUUUGUGGCAAGAUCCCCUCCUGAGCCUCUUCCCAGAUAACACCCAUGCCGGCUGGAUCCAAAGCAGUUGUAGUUGGGUUCUGUGGCAGUGUCAUUGCAUAGAACAAAGAUGAUGAAUGCACAAAGUAAAUGCUCAGAAACCUAAAUACAGCCUGUGAUUUUGCUGAUAUAAACAGAGAGACAGGAGAACUGCUUUUGAAAUUCCACUCAUUUGGAAGACUUUGGAUAGUCAAAAUCUGUAUCUUGUAAAGAACAGUGUUUAGUUCUUCUGAAAUGAGUAAGAAAUGUUACCAUGCAAAGCCCAUGGCAGCACAAGAGGAUUGGAGCCGAAAAGUGUGUUCCAUUGAGUUCAGGACUUGUGUUCAUAGCUGUGCAGUGACUACACGCAGGCUGGUGUCUCAGUGUGGUAUCAGCCAGCAGGAAACGGUUGGCUAUGGAAACGUGUGCCACACAAAUAUUUAAAUUUAUGUAGGAGACUGAAUGUAAGCACCACAUCCUGCAGAUGUUUUUCUAUUUUAAAAUAAAUAAAGCUUAUCUUGAAACUUG